AUGGUACGGAGGGUCGGAGGGAAUGUUGAAGACGGGAAGAUUGAAACAUUCAACGGAACCAGAGACAGACACGAGGCGAGUAUGGUCUACGGCUACCUAGGCAUGGUGAAGGCAACCCCAACUGGAGAGGCGGGGAAAAGAACAGACGAUGGGCAAGUUGAAUGGGGCGAGUGGGUGACGGACACGGGCAGUGGAGAGCAUGACGCUGAACCCAACCCCAAAGGGACGUCCAACGUGCAGUCGGUACCAACGGGAACCUGGAAGGCGUCCCUUCUUACUGGACGAGGGCGGCCGCGGAUGCUGGAGCUUGAGCCAUCUGCAGGACCUCAAGGCAACCUUAGGAACCUUGUAGUGGCAGCCAAGAUUUCCCCCAAGCUCCUCGUCCUCCACCAGUCUGAGCCUGUCUCUGCAGUCCGCCUCUGCCUCUCUGCCACUCUCGCCGCUGCGUGCCGUGGUACAUACGUCCUUCACCCGUCAGGUCCUUCCUUGCCCUCUCCUCAAAUUCAAAUACCUUGGGUUGCCCUGCCCCUACAUUUUCGACUUGCUUUCCUCGGUUAUCUUCCCAACACUCCUCCAACCUGA